GGGCACCUGGGGCGCGGGCGGCGGGAGUGUGGGUUCGGGCGGAGCGAAGGCCGCGGGUGGCCGUGGUCGGUCCUCCGCGGCCGAGGAGCCGAGGGCUCUGACGCGGGCUGCACCCGGUGAGCGGCGGGCAGCGCUAAUUUUGGCUGACUGAACGAGCUGUGGAGCGGCCCGGCGCGGAGGACUGCGAGCUUCACCGAGAGGCUACUUCGCCCUCGGCCGCAGUCACUGGCUCCAGCCCGGACCAUGGCGUCCUCGGCUCGCCUGGUCACCAUCAAGCGGAGCGGCGACGACGGCGCCCAUUUCCCGCUGAGCCUCAACUCCUGCCUGUUUGGAAGGAGUAUUGAAUGUGACAUUCGUAUCCAGCUGCCUGUAGUGUCAAAAAAACAUUGCAAAAUUGAAGUCAAAGAGCAAGAGGCAAUAUUAUAUAAUUUCAGUUCCACCAAUCCAACACAAGUAAAUGGGGCUGUGAUAGAUGAGCCUGUGCAGCUGAGACAUGGAGACAUAAUAACAAUCAUUGAUCGAUCCUUUAGGUAUGAAAGUGGAUGUCAUGAGAAUGGAAGCAGGUCCACAGAAGUUCCACGGAAGUCACUUGGAAAGGAACCAGCGCGGCGAGCCUCAAGAAAUAGCUUCUGUGCUGACCCUGAUGUGAAAGGUCAAGAUACCAAAGCUUCAAAAAUGACUUCUUCAAGAUCUUUUGUACAUGCCAAGGGCCUCUUUUCAGAUAGUCCUGCUUCAGGUGGCUCAAAGGACAGUGUUUCCCAAGAUUCAUCGGGGCAUGUAGAACAGCACAAUCGCAGAAACAUAGAAGAGCCCACUUCUGGGGAUCUCUUUAAGGAGUCCAGGGCUACAGGGAGCAAUUACAGGGAACUGAAAUCUUCUCCUGCACAGAGCCUUAGCAAUAGCAACAAAAAGGAAUCUCCCUUUGAGAAACUUUAUCAGUCGAUGAAGGAAGAGUUGAAUGUAAAGUCACAGAAAUCUUGUAGAAAAUCAGAACCCCCAUCUGACCGUGCAGCAAAAGAAUCAUGGGAGACACAGCUAUCGGUGUCAUGCAAGGCAAGACCAAAGUCCAGUGGGAACACCCCUGUUAUAGCAACCUCUUCACCCAAAGUAGGAAAGAUCUGGACCGAGAGACGGAGCGGUGGUAAGGGGCCUGUUCAGACUUCCACAGAGACAGCUAAAAUGAAGACCCCUGUGCAGAAUUCACAGCAACUUAAGGAUGAAGACUUUCAUGUUACUGGCAGAAGAAAUUCUGUGAAUCUGGAUGAAGGUGAAGGUGCCGAGGCAGUUCAUAAAAUAGUGACCCCUGGUAAACUGGUAGCUAGAAACCAAGCUGUGGUGAAGGUUGGAGAUGUUGCCAGCCCUGCUGAUACACCAGAAAAUUCCUCUUCCAAAAAGAGAAGAAGUAUUCCUGCAAAGGUUCCAUCUGCAGAGACACAAAAGCAGCUUUCUUUAACUCAACGCCUUGCUCCAGGUGAAAAGAAAAGUCCCAAGAAUUCCUUCAGCAAGCCUGAGAAACUGGCCACAGCAGCCGACCAGACUUGCUCUGGCCUACCUGGUCUUAGUGCCGUUGAUAUCAGCAACUUUGGUGUUUCCAUUAGCGAGAGCGAGGGGGUGCCUUUGAAGAGAAGACGUGUAUCCUUUGGUGGUCAUCUAAAACCUGAAUUAUUUGAUGAAAACUUGCCUCCGAAUACACCACUCAAAAAAGGAGAAACACCAGCCAAGAGGAAGUCUCUUGGCUCUCACAGUCCAGCUGUCCUGAAGAAAAUCAUCAAGGAAAAGCCUCAGUCUCCAGGGAAACAAGAGUCUCCUGGAGAAACUCCACCGAGGACAAAUGAUCAAAGACGCAGAUCAGGCAGGACUUCACUUGCUUCCAGUGGAAACAAAUUCUUAUGUGAGACAGACAUUCCCAAGAAAGCAGGCAGGAAGAGUGGCAGCCUGCCCCCGAAGAGAGCAUCCAUCAGCCGGAGUCAGCAUGGCAUUCUACAGAUGAUUUGUUCCAAAAGGAGGAGUGGUGCUUCUGAAGCCAACCUGAUUGUUGCAAAAUCAUGGGCAGACGUUGUAAAACUUGGCGUGAAACAAACACAAAUGAAAGUUGUGAAACAAGUCCCUCAAAAGCAGGCGAGCAAAAGACAAAGAAGACCCAGUACUCCAAAGAAACCCACAAGCAGCCUUCACAAUCAAUUUAGUACAGGCCAUGCAAACUCGCCCUGUACCAUUGUAGUAGGGAGAGCACAGAUUGAAAAAGUAAGCGUGCCUGCCCGACCCUACAAAAUGCUGAACAACUUGAUGCUAAACCGAAAAGUAGACUUCAGUGAAGAUCUGUCAGGACUAACUGAAAUGUUCAAGACUCCAGUGAAGGAGAAGCAGCAGCAGAUGAGUGACAAGAGCUCCGUUCUUUCCAAUUCAGAGAAUUUGUCUGAAAAACAGUUGCAAGUAACUAAUUCAGGAGACACGCCCCUGACCACCACCUCAGAGAUUUUGGGAGAGAAAGUGUUCUCCAGUACUCAGAAUGCAGCAAAGCAGCAAUCUGAUAGAUACUCUGCAAGUCCUUCCUUAAGACGGAGAAGCAUCAGACAUGAAAACACAGUGCAAACUCCUAACAUUACUCACCUUGAGAAAAAGACUCCAGUCUCUAAGACAGAGCCUCUGAAGACUGCAUCUAGGAAAUCUAGAGAGCUCAUACAUACCCUUGUAGAAAGUGUGAAUGAAAAAACAGAAGCAGCCCUUGCUGAGAGCAUCACAGGAAGACAUUUAAAGAAGACAUUUCGAGGACAAGAAGUGGAUCAACAGGCGCAGGACAGUGAAAACUCUUCACAAAGAUGCAAGGAAAAUGGUGAAUUAAGUGAAGGUACAGAAAAAACAUCAGCUAGAAGAUCAAGUGCCAGAAAGCAGAAGUCAAGAAAAGAUUUAACAGGAAGUCAGAUGGUCACCCAAACAGCAGACUGUGCUGAGGAACUACUUAGUCAAGAACAAGGAACCAUACAAAACCUGGAAGAAUCCAUGCACAUGCAAAAUACAUCAGCAAGUGAUGAUCAAGGAAUUACAAAACAGAAAGUGGACACAGUGGUAUAUGCAACCAAAGAGACGCGCUGGCCAAAGACCCCUAGCAAAAUGACACAACCUCUAGAAGGCCCAGCUUGUUUAAAGGAACACUUUGGAACACCAAACCACAAAGAUGAACCCAUAGGUGAUGAUAAAAUUGAAGUCCCUUAUAAAUCCCCACAACCUAUAGCAGAGAACAUCAAGUCAAGUACAAAGCUACGGACCAGCACAUCUGGGAAAAAAGUAGACAUGAAGGAAGGACUCUCUGCCCUAACAAAGCUUAUACAUAUGUCAGAGGAAACCAGGCAUACUGCCAGAGUAGAAUGUGAGCAUGGGGAUAUCAAAGCUUUGAAAAAAUCUGAAAGAGAAAUGCUGGCCCCAACAGUAACUAGAAGCAAGAGGCCUUUAGCAAAAGCUAAGGAAAAGACUCAGCCUCUGGAAGACCUGACUGGUUUCCGGGAACUCUUUCUAUCACCAGUACCUGGUGACAAAAUCACAAAAAUGUCCAGCAAAUCUCCAUAUACCAAACCAGUCAGAACCCCAGCAAGCACAAAGAGACUGUCCAAGACAGCUCUCAGGGAGGUGGAUGUGAGAGAAGAGCCUUCAACACUUGGGAAAAGAACAAAGUCACCAGGCAGAGCUGCAAGCACAGCAGAGCCAGUGCAGGAAGAAAAUGACACCACAGCCUUCAUGGAAACUCCAAAGCAGAAACUGGAUUUCACAGCAAAUUCAACAGGACAUAAGAGAAGGUCACGGACAGCUAAGAUCAGAGCUCAGGCCAUAGAAGACCUUGAUGGCCUCCAAGAACUCUUCAAAACACCAGCUGGUGCCAGUGACCCUGUGACUGUUGAGGAAAGUGCAACGAUAUCUUUGGAAUCUUCACAAGCAGAACCAGUCAGAACCCCGGCAAGCACAAAGAGACUGUCCAAGGCAGCUCUCAGGGAGGUGGAUGUGAGAGAAGAGCCUUCAACACUUGGGAAAAGAACAAAGUCACCAGGCAGAGCUGCAGUCACAGUAGAGCCAGUGCCGGAAGAGCACGACACCACAGCCUUCGUGAAAACUCCAAAGCAGAAACUGGAUUUUUCAAGGAAUUCAGCAGGGAGUAAGAGAAGGUCAUGGACACCUAAGAACAGGACUCAGCCCCUAGAAGACCUGGAUGGCUCCCAAGAACUCUUCCAAACACCAGCUGGUGCCAGUGACCCUGUGACUGUUGAGGAAAGUGCAACGAUGUCUUUGGAAUCUUCACAAGCAGAACCAGUCAGAACCCCGGCAAACACAAAAAGACUGUCCAAGACAGCUCUCAGGGAGGUGGAUGUGAGAGAAGAGCCUUCAACACUUGGGAAAAGAACAAAGUCACCAGGCAGAGCUGCAGGCACAGCAGAGCCAGUGCAGGAAGAACAUGACACCACAGCCUUCAUGGAAACUCCAAAGCAGAAACUGGAUUUCACAGCAAAUUCAACAGGACAUAAGAGAAGGUCACAGGCACCUAAGAUCAGAGCUCAGCCCCUAGAAGACCUUGAUGGCCUCCAAGAACUCUUCCAAACACCAGCUGGUGCCAGUGACCCUGUGACUGUUGAGGAAAGUGCAACGAUAUCUUUGGAAUCUUCACAAGCAGAACCAGUCAGAACCCCGGCAAACACAAAGAGACUGUCCAAGUCAGCUCUCAGGGAGGUGGAUGUGAGAGAAGAGCCUACAACACUUGGGAAAAGAACAAAGUCACCAGGCAGAGCCAGAGACACACCAGCACAAGUUCAGGAAGAAAAUGACACCACAGCCUACAUGGAAACUCCAAAGCAGAAACUUGAGUUUGCAGGACAUUUAACAGGAUUUAGGAAACAGUCCAGAACACCUAAAGCAAAGGCCCGAUAUCUAGAAGACAGCACUGGUUUCCAGGAACUUUCCCAAACACCAGACCAUGCCAAUGGCCCAUUAGCAGUUGACAAAUCCAAAAAAAUGUCUUUUAAUUCUCCACAACCAGAAAGUGCCGUAACCCUUAAGAGAAUAGAGAGACAAUCCAGGGCAAGUAUGAGUGAAAUGGAUGUUAAAGAACUUUUAGAAUCAGAGGAAUACCUACAAUUAGGAGACGGCAUAGACACACUUCAAUUACCCAAUAACAACAAAGUCAUUACAUCAUCUAGGAAACCUGCAAAGCGUAAAUUGGAGCCAACAGCUAGUAUGCCUGGCAGUAAGAGGAUGCGAUGUUCCUCAAAGGGUAACACACCAUGCUUGGAAGACCUGAGUGACUUCCAACAGCUCUUCCAAACACCAGGCUGUGCUAAGGACUCUUCAACGACUGAAACCUCAAUGCUUACUGGAUUACCACAAUCAGGACCAGUUAGAACCCAAAUCAACAGAAAGAGUCUGCCCAAGGUCAGCCUGAGGAAAGUGGAUGUGACAGAAGAACUUUCAGUUCUCCGGAAGCAGUCACUGAGCAGAGCCCCCACAGCAGCAGUGCAGGAGGAUAAUGGCAUCAAAGCUAUUAUGGAGACUUCAAAGGAAACACUGAAGACUACAGCAGAUGUAACCAGACUUACCAGACAGUCAGGAACACCUAAGGAAAAAGUCCAAACUCUGGAAGAUCAUGGUGGCUUCCAAGAACUCUUCCAAACACCAUUAUACAGCUCUGAUCCAUUAGUUGGUAACAAAAGAACAAGAAUGUCCUUGAAAUCUGUACAACCAGGAUUUGUUAAAACCCCACAAACCUCAAAGAGACCAGCUAAGACAAGUGUUGGGAGCAUUGCUGUGAGAGAAAUGCUCUCUCCAGUGCAUAUGCCACAGAGGGCUACACGGGAGGUUUUACACAUACCCAUAGGGCCAGAAGAAGAUGACAAAGGAAACAAAGGUGUGAAGGAAUCCACACCUCAGACACUGGGCUCAUCAAGUCGAAUUGUCAGCAAGAAGCAGCGAGGGAUACGUGAGGAAAGGUCUCAGUUCUCAGGAGACUUACUUUAUCUCCAAGAGCUCUUUCAAACACCAGCCAAUGGCAAAGACCCAGUGACUGUUGGGGAAACUACAAAAAUAGCUUUGCAAUCAACAAAACCAGGACAUAUCGAAACCCCAGCAAGCACAAAGAAACUGUCCAAGCCGAGUCUCACGAAAAUGGAUGUGAGAGAACUUCCUAUACUUGAGAAACAAACACAAUCACGAGGCAGAGCCAAAUGCACACCAGCACCAAUGCAGGAAGAUGACACCACUGCUAUGGAAACUCCAAAGCAGAAACUGGAUUUCACAGCAAGUUCAAUGAAACAUAAGAGAAGGUCACAGACACCUAAGAAUAGGACUCAGCCCCUAGAAGAUCUGGAUGGCUUCCAAGAACUCUUCCAAACGCCAGCUGGUGCCAGUGGACCUGUGAGUACUGAGGAAAGUGCAACGAUAUCUUUGGAAUCUUCACAAGCAGAACCAGCCAGAACCCCGGCAAACACAAAGAGACUGUCCAAGGCAGCUCUCAAGGAGGUGGAUGUGAGAGAAGAGCCUUCAACACUUGGGAAAAGAACAAAGUCACCAGGCAGAGUUGCAGGCACAGCAGAGCCAGUGCAGGAAGAACAUGACACCACAGCCUUCAUGGAAACUCCAAAGCAGAAACUGGAUUUCACAGCAAAUUCAACAGGACAUAAGAGAAGGUCACGGACAGCUAAGAUCAGAGCUCAGCCCCUAGAAGACCUUGAUGGCCUCCAAGAACUCUUCCAAACACCAGCUGGUGCCAGUAGACCCGUGACUAUUGAAGAAAGUGCAACGAUGUCUUUGGAAUCUUCACAAGCAGAACCAGUCAGAAUCCCGGCAAGCACAAAGAGACUGUCCAAGGCAGCUCUCAGGGAGGUGGAUGUGAGAAAAGAGCCUUCAACACCUGGGAAAAGAACAAAGUCACCAGGCAGAGCCACAGGCACAGCAGAGCCAGUGCAGGAAGAACAUGACACCACAGCCUUCAUGGAAACUCCAAAGCAGAAACUGGAUUUUGCAAGGAAUUCAGCAAGGAGUAAAAGAAGGUCACGGACACCUAAGAACAGGACUCAGCUCCUAGAAGACCUGGAUGGCCUCCAAGAACUCUUCCAAACACCAGCUGGUGCCAGUGACCCUGUGACUGUUGAGGAAAGUGCAACAAUGUCUUUGGAAUCUUCACAAGCAGAACCAGUCAGAACCCUGGCAAGUACAAAAAGACUGUCCAAGACAGCUCUCAGAGAGGUGGAUGUGAGAGAAGAGCCUUCAACACUUGGGAAAAGAACAAACUCACCAGGCAGAGCUGCAGUCACAGCAAAGCCAGUGCAGGAAGAAAAUGACACCACAGCUUUCAUGGAAACUCCUAAGCAGAAACUGGAUUUCACAGCAAAUUCAACAGGACAUAAGAGAAGGUCACGGACAGCUAAGAUCAGAGCUCAGCCCCUAGAAGACCUUGAUGGCCUCCAAGAACUCUUCCAAACACCAGCUGGUGCCAGUAGACCCGUGACUAUUGAAGAAAGUGCAACGAUGUCUUUGGAAUCUUCACAAGCAGAACCAGUCAGAACCCCGGCAAGCACAAAGAGACUGUCCAAGGCAGCUCUCAGGGAGGUGGAUGUGAGAGAAGAGCCUUCAACACCUGGGAAAAGAACAAAGUCACCAGGCAGAGCCACAGGCACAGCAGAGCCAGUGCAGGAAGAACAUGACACCACAGCCUUCAUGGAAACUCCAAAGCAGAAACUGGAUUUUGCAAGGAAUUCAGCAAGGAGUAAAAGAAGGUCACGGACACCUAAGAACAGGACUCUGCUCCUAGAAGACCUGGAUGGCCUCCAAGAACUCUUCCAAACACCAGCUGGUGCCAGUGACCCUGUGACGGUUGAGGAAAGUGCAACGAUAUCUUUGGAAUCUUCACAAACAGAACCAGUCAGAACCCUGGCAAGCACAAAAAGACUGUCCAAGACAGCUCUCAGAGAGGUAGAUGUGAGAGAAGAGCCUUCAACACUUGGGAAAAGAACAAAGUCACCAGGCAGAGCCACAGGCACAGCAAAGCCAGUGCAGGAAGAAAAUGACACCACAGCUUUCAUGGAAACUCCUAAGCAGAAACUGGAUUUCACAGCAAAUUCAAUAGGACAUAAGAGGAGAAGGUCACGGACAGCUAAGAUCAGAGCUCAGCCCCUAGAAAACCUGGAUGGCUUCCAAGAACUCUUCCAAACACCAGCUGGUGCCAGUGACCCUGUGACUGUUGAGGAAAGUGCAACGAUGUCUUUGGAAUCUUCACAAGCAGAACCAGUCAGAACCCCGGCAAGCACAAAGAGACUGUCCAAGGCACCUCUCAGAGAGGUGGAUGUGAGAGAAGAGCCUUCAACACCUGGGAAAAGAACAAAGUCACCAGGCAAAGCUGCAGGCACAGCAGAGCCAGUGCAGGAAGAACAUGACACCAUAGCCUUCAUGGAAACUCCAAAGCAGAAACUGGAUUUUGCAAGGAUUUCAGCAAGGAGUAAAAGAAGGUCACGGACACCUAAGAACAGGACUCAGCCCCUAGAAGACCUGGAUGGCCUCCAAGAACUCUUCCAAACACCAGCUGGUGCCAGUGACCCUGUGACGGUUGAGCAAAGUGCAACGAUGUCUUUGGAAUCUUCACAAGCAGAACCAGUCAGAACCCUGGCAAGCACAAAAAGACUAUCCAAGACAGCUCUCAGGGAGGUAGAUAUGAGAGGAACACACUCUCCACUGAGUAAGCCAAGGUGUGCAUCACAGAAAGUCACACCCACACUGCCAGCCGAUCAUGGCAGAGAGACCAAAAAUGUGAAGGUAUUUUUAGCUCAGACGUUGGACUCAGCAGUACAUGUUACUCGUGGCAAGAGGCAGCAAGGGUCGUAUAAGAAAAGGUCCCAGUCUCCAGAAAGCCUAUUUGGUCUUCAGGAACUCCUCCAAACAUCAGGCCAUUACAAGGAUUCAGUGACACUGAACAAUCCUGCAAAACUGCCCGGCAGAGCUCCAUCACCAGAGCCAAUAGACAUUUCAGUAACCUCACAGAGACAGCUCAGAAGUGGUUUGAGGAAAGUUCAUGUAAAAAAUGAACUUUCAGGAGGCAUAAUGCAUCCACAAAUGUCAGGGGAAAUUGUGGACUUAUCUAGAGAACCAGAAGGUGAAGACAAAGUCAUUAAAACAAGGAAGCAGUCUGUAAAGCGAAAAUUGGACAUAGCAGUCAAUAUGCCUGGCAGUAAGCGGCAAAGAAUUACAAGAGCAGAAAAGACCCUGGAGGAUCUGCCUGGCUCCCAAGAGGUCUACCAAGCUCCAAGCUUGGUAAUGGACUCAGUUAUUGUUGACAAAACCACAGAGAUGCUCAGCAAAUCUCCAGAGCCUGUGGAUACAACCUCAGAGACACAGCCAAGAAGCAGACUCAGGAGACUGGGUGUGACUGAAGAGCCCAUACCACAAAGUAAGACAACAAGAGUGUUACGGCAAACCAGAAAAACACACAAAGAACCUGUGGGUGAGAGUAAAAAUAUCAAAGAGUUUAAGGAAUCUUUAGCACAGAAACAAACCCCAGCCAUAAGUUUAACUGUCAGGAGGAACCAACCAAGGACAGGUAAGAAGACCCAAUCCUUGAGAGAACUGACCAGUUUCCAAGAGGAAACUGCCACAAGAAUGUCUUCCAAAUCUCCACCACCAGAAGAGAAGCAACCCUUAUCAGGCUUAAAUAGGCAGCUCAGACUACAAGUAGUCAAAGUGGGCGUAAAAGAAGAGCCCAUAGCACAGAGAAAGCAACCCUCCAGGGAAACCAGGAACACACUCACAGAGCCUGUGGGUGAUAGUAUAAAUGUUGAAGAGCUUAAAAAGCCUACAAAGCAGAAAAUUGACCCAGUAGCAAGUGUACCUGUCAGCAAGAGGCCACGGAGGGUACCCAAGGAGGAGGCACAGACCCUAGAAUUGGCUGGUCUGAAAGGACUAAUCCAAACCCUAGACCACACUGAAGAAUCAGCAAAUGAUAAAGGGCCAACACAGAUGGCCUGUAAUUCUCUACAACCAGAGCAAGUUGACAGCCUCCAAACCUCACCAAGACGGCCCAGGACAAGACAUAGGAAAGUAGAGGCAGAUGAAAAGCCUUCAGCAGUAAUUAAGACAGUGCCAACAUCAAGGCAAACUAUGCGAUCCCAUAAGGUCCCUGAAAUUGAUGACAGUGGUACUCAAGCUUCAAAGGCCUCCAUAAAGCAGACAUUAGAUGCAGUAGCCAAAGUAACUGGCAGCAGGCGGCAGCUAAGGACACAUAAGGAUGGGGUUCAACCUCCUGAAGACCUGGGUGACUCCAAAGAAAUAACCCAAGUCUCCAAUUACUCUGAGAAACUAACACAUGACACUAGUAUCCUUAAGAGCACUCUACAGCAAAAGGCAGACCCAGUAAAACCUCUGAGAACAUGCAGAAGAGUACUGAGAGCCUCUAAAGAGGACCCCAAGGAAGUGUUGGUGGAUACCAGAGAUGCUGCAGCAUUACAAAGCAAAAGCAACCCUUUCCUGUCCCCCAAGAGGGAGUCUGCAAGAGAUGGAAGCAUUUUGAGAACCAGGGCUUUGCGCUCUGUAGCACCAAAGCAGGAAGCAACAGAUGAGAAGCCUGUACCCAAGAAACAAAGGGCUGCUUCCAGCAAGAGGCAUGUAUCACCUGAGCCUGCGAAGACGAAACACAUGAAAUUUGUGUCAAACAAACUUGAAUCUGUCGAAGAGCAGGUUAGCACCAUUAUGAAAACAGAAGAAAUGGGAGCCAAAAGAGAAAACCCUGUCACUCCAGAGCAGAAAACACCCCAGAGCUCUAGGUACCGAAAGAAAACCAACGAAAAACAGCCAAGAUCCAAGUUUAAUGCAUCUGCAGAGAAAGUUGGGAUAGAGAAAAAUGAGAAGACUAUGAAGACUGCCUCCCAGGAGACAGAGCCGCAGAAUCCAAAUGACGGAGCCAAGAAGUCUGUAUCUCAGAGCAACGUCAGUGGGAAAAGAACGUGCUUGAGGUCUAGAGGACAGACUGAGACUCCCCAGCCUCGUGAAGCAGAAGAGAAAACAAGCAAAUCGGGUGCAGAAAUCUUGAUAAAGACUCAGAAAGAGAAAGGAGUCUCUGGAGAUUCAGAUGUUAGGUGUUUGAGAUCCAAAAAAACGAAAGUCACUUUGGACAGUGAACCUAAGCCAAGAGUAACUAGAGGUGCCAAGAAAGAUGCAAAAACUCCAAAGAAGACCCAGAUACUGCAUGGGGUGUGUUUUCCAGGGGUCCAUCCUACAAGUGUGCAGGAGGAGCAAGCCUCUCAUCUGGAUGAAGACAUUGUAUACACCAAGAAAUUAAGAACAAGAAGUCGUCAGAAAAAUGAAACUAUGUAGCAAAAACAUUUAAGAAGGAAAACUAAGUUUGGCUUAGUGAUAAGCUCCAGUGUGAUUUUUUCACCUCCAGUGUAAAUAAUACUGCCUGUGUUUAAGGAAGGAAGAAGCUUUGAGCUUUCCUGGUGAUACUCUCUUCAAACUCCAAUGGAGAUCAUGAAGGUGAUCACCAGGGGUCUCUGAGCAAUAACAGUUUAAAUGUUUGGAGUGAGCAGACAGAAAUGUAGCCCUCUGUCCUACCCAAUAAAUUGCUGUGACAUUCA